AUGCCAAAGCUUCGUUCGGUGGUGGUGGCUCAGAAGGCGGAGGAGGGACAGCUUUGGCGAACAGAGGUCUCGACGGGGCCGACGAAUUUUUGGUUCGUGCUUUUGGGGGACAAGGAGAUCCCGAUGUUAGUGGAGAACAUUUCUAGCACUGGGCCUAAAUCUAUUGGGCUCCCUUCGGCACAAGCCCAUGAAGUGAAUCCCAUCUUCAUAGAUCCAGUUCUGAGGAUUGAAGCCCAUGGGAGGACAGAGAUGAAGCGGGAGGAUCGGCCUCUGAGAUUGGGCUCGAGAUGCAUAAAGGCUCAGAUGGGCUCUUCUUUGGGCCUAAAAACCACUUUAGAUGCUAAAGAAAUUAUUUUCCCUCUUAAAAACAAAAUUGAGCAAAGAAUUAGCAAAGCCCUGGCUGUUAAAAAGAAGAUUGAGCACAGUCCGUUUCGAGGCUGUCGCAUCCACAAGCACGCGUCUUUAGCAAAGGAGGAUCCGGUUAAAGGCGAAUCCGCUUUAAACGGUGCUUCUUUCCCGUCCUCUUCGAAGACGGGUCCUGAUGGAGGGCAAACUUCGAGGAAAUUUAAAGAUCCGGUGGUUAAAGGAAAACCACUGGCGGACGCCUAG